AUGAUGUAUUUAGGCUUUAGUUCAUGCCAUGAAUUUCAAGGUUAAUGUGCCAAUGAUUCAACUCCAAGUUGAAUACAACGGAGAAUAAUAAUAAUAUAGAGAGACUUAACCUACGUUCAAAACAUGAUAAAAUUUGUCAACCAAAAAUUGUAGCUUUAUAUCUUUAUCUAUUAUGUCAAAACCCUAUUUCACACACACACAUUGGUAUAAAGAGGAAAUAUGCCAACAACUUCAAAAUCACCAUAAAAUUCCAUAAUUGAGUUUCAUUACUUACCAUUAUUUGACCUUGCGAUAUUGACAAUGAUUUAAUACACAUGUUAUGUCUAUUUCCUGUUUUUAACUUACCUUUCCAUGGCUGCAAGUUAAUGACAAAAAAAAUGGUCCAACUUUCUUAUAUAUUCAAAAAAUUCAAUGAAUAAAAAAUGAAAGAGAAAUAGAUGGAAAAAUGGUCGAACUUUCUUAUAUAUAUUCAAAAAAUUCAAUGAAUAACAAAUGAAAGAGAAAUAGAUGGGAGUGAAGAGAAGAAACACAUAUUGAUGUUGAAAAUUUGAAGAGAUGAUAUGAUAAAUAAAUGAGAAUGGAAGAAAAAGCUAGAAUUGGAUGAAAAAUAAGCUGAAGGGUAUUUUUGUCAAGAAUGGGUCAUUUUUUAGAUUGAAAUAUGUGAAGGAUUAGAUUUGCAAAAUUACAAUUCUCAUUCAUUUUAAUCAAAUAGCCUUUUAACUAUGGCCGGUUUCUUUUGAUUUUCUUUUGAUUUGCCAAUCAAAAGAACAUAUUCCCUCUACAUUGUAAUUACUACUGGCCUUCAUUCUACUGCACUCCAAAAAUGUUCCCUCUAUAUCUCAAUCAAUCUAUUUUUGAUCUCCCAGGGUCAUUUCCAAGUUACCGUUAUGAUCAGGUAGGCCAGGGGAUUUGUCUCCAUUGCUAUUCUUCUUCAAUCUUGUUGGAGUCAUUGCAGCAAUCCAUUUUUGAAUAAAGUCCAAGCUUCUAGUUGUUUAGAAAAUUAGUAAAGCCUCCUUGAAUAUAGAAGAGCGCAUUUGAACAUUCCAGGAUUUGUUUUCAUCAAUUUAAAGGGACUUCUCACUUUGUAGUUAUUUAUUCAAUUCCAGCCUGCAUUUAUGGACUUGUAUUGCGCCAUUCUCCAUGAAUCACCAAUAUUCCACAAUGUUGACCCACAAACGGUGUGCCACCGACUACAAAUAUAUGAUCAAAAGUAACUUGAAUUCCCCGUCUGUUACUAUGUUUAUAUCAUGGAAAAUAUUUAUUUCCUGUUGUGCUCUACAUAUCGUUUGCCUGCAAAUGCACUGAAAGUAGAAGGAAAAGUUUCUCAUUAAUUGGUUAAUAGUAAGAUCCACACAUUUGUUUUGUUUUGUUUGUUUGCCUUUUAUUUUCUUUUUUGCCCUUUUCCCCCCUCUCCGCUGAGAGAGAAAGAAAAAAGGAAUUAGACCACCACUUGAAUUUAACCAGCCGAGACCAACAUGAGAUCAUAGUACUCCUUUAUGGAAAAAUAGUGGAUUACUUUGAACGUUCCUUAGAUGCAACCGUAUCUGCCUUUGAAAACUAGAGACACACGUUCACACGAGGGAACCUUGGUCCUCCAUCUAUAAAUGCCAACCCUUGUUCUUAGAUCUCUUCUCACCUCAAACCAUUCUCUGCAAACCAACCAAUCCUACUCCUCUUCCUCUUUCGAUCCUUUUCAUUUCAAACUCUAAGAUCAUGGGUGUUUUCACUUACGAGAGUGAGGUCACUUCCUCGGUUCCCCCAGCCAAGAUGUUCAAGGCCGCUAUCCUCGAUUCUGACAACCUCAUUCCCAAGGUAAGGCCUCAAGCUAUCAAGAGUGUGGAAACCAUACAAGGAGAGGGAGGCCCUGGAACCAUCAAGAAGAUUCACUUUGGUGAAGGCAGCAAAUUCAAAAGCAUGACACACCGGGUUGAUGCGAUUGACAAAGAGAACUUCACAUUCAGCUACACUGUGGUUGACGGAGAUGUUUUGACGGGCGGCAUUGAAUCAAUUUCUCAUGAGCUCAAAGUGGUGGCUUCUCCUGAUGGAGGAUCCAUCUACAAGAACACCAGCAAGUACCACACCAAGGGCGAUGUAGAGAUCUGUGAAGAGCACGUUAAGGGUGGCAAAGAGGAGGCUCUGGCAUUGUUCAAGGCUAUUGAAGCCUACGUCCUGGCACAUCCCGAUGCCUAUUAAGUAAAACUGCCUGUAGUAAUUGAGAUAUUAGUCUCUUGAGUCCACCUUCAUAUUCAUUGCAUCUAUCAGUCUCAAUAAGUUUGGCCUUUUGUGUUUUUGCCAUAUGGCCAAAGUAGCCUUGGCUUAGAAAUAAGAGUUUCCCAGGUGUGAUCCUCGGAGUAUUUGUGAUGUUCUAUUGCCAUGAAGUGUCAUUAUUGUAUUACCUUAAUAAAUAUAUUGGAAAUCAUCUGUUUUACUAA